CAACCGAUUGCUAAUUGGAGGAUCUCAAGACUCCACAGACUUGUAGGGCUAGGGUAAUUAGAUUUCAAAAGGUAAAUAUGCUGGAGGUAUAACUUUCUUUUCAUCCAGUUUAUCUCUUUUCGCUUCUCCUUAUCACCAAGUCCCAUCAAAAUGCUCGUCUUUACGCUCCUCUCCUUCCUCCUCUCUACGGCUUCCGCUCUCCUUGCCUUCCCCGGCGCCGAAGGCUUCGGCCGCAAUGCGAUCGGAGGACGCAAGGGCUCGGUGUACGUCGUCACCAACCUCAACGACAGCGGGACCGGCUCCCUGCGCGACGCCGUCAGCAAAUCCGAUCGCAUCGUCGUCUUCGCCGUCGGCGGCCUGAUCAAGAUCACCGACCGCAUGGUCGUCUCCAAACGCAUCAGCAUCCUAGGCCAGACCGCCCCGGGCGACGGCAUCACCGUCUACGGCAACGGGUGGUCCUUCUCCAACGCCGACGACGCCAUCGUGCGCUACAUCCGCAUCCGCAUGGGAAAGGGUGGCACGAGCGGCAAAGACGCGCUCACCAUCGCCGAAGGCGCAAACAUGAUCUUCGACCACGUCAGCGUGUCCUGGGGCCGCGACGAGACGUUCAGCAUCUCCGGGUCGGAGGUCGGGAAUAUCACUAUCCAGAACAGCAUCAUCGCGCAGGGUCUGGAAACGCACUCCUGCGGUGGCCUAAUACAGACGAACCUGGGCAACGGGAUCAGUCUGUUCCGGAACCUGUAUAUCGACAACAAAACGCGCAACCCCAAAGUCAAGGGCACUAAUGAGUUUACGAAUAAUGUGGUGUACAACUGGGGCGGUGGCGGCGGCUACAUAGCCGGCGAUUCGGAUGGCGCGAGCGAGGCGAAUAUCGUGGGGAACUACUUCAUCUCUGGGCCGAGUACGAGCGUGACGGCGUUUACGAGGGGGAAUGCGAAUUUCAAGGGCUUUGUGCAGGGGAACUGGUAUGAUGCCGAUAAGGACGGGAGCCUGAAUGGAAAGGAACUCGGCGCCUCGUCGUCGAACUACGGCGGCAUGGCGAUUCAAACCGCGAAAUACGCAUUCCCAGCUCCAGCCAGGAUUCUCAGUGCCGUCGACGCGCUCGCGUACGUCCAAAAGUACGCCGGGGCAAGCAAAGUCCGGGAUGCCGUCGAUGCGCGGCUCGUCGCUGAGUUAACGAGCUGGGGCAAGACGGGCGAACUCAUCAGCGACGAGAAUGCGAGCCCGAUGUCCGGUCCGGGAACGAUUGCUGGAGGGACAAAAGCUGUGGACACGGAUGGAGAUGGGAUACCGGAUGCGGUGGAGACGCAAAUGGGGUUUGAUCCGAGCAGGAACGAUGCGAUGGAGGAUAAGGAUGGGGAUGGGUAUACGAAUGUGGAGGCGUGGGCGAAUUCGCUUGUACCGGGGGUAUAUUAGUGGGGCUCUUUUGGGAGCGUAUUAAGGACGGAUGGGUGCAUGAUUUCGAUUGGGGAGGAGGUGAGAGCGUGAGGAUGUGGAUGGCUGUCUUGCUUGGUUGCAGGCCUGUGUACGUCAAGGGGAGAUUAUUCAACUACGGGUCUGCGCCAGGUUGGUGGGCGUCGUGCAAUGGGUCGAUGGGUUUAUGGUACUGUACGUAGGACAGUGCGAGGAUGGUUGCGAUGUGUUGACCAUGGGUUUGAC